AUGGUCAACGCCUUCAUGGUGGGAUGCAUGUUUGUGAAGAUCUCACAGCCCAACAAGCGUGCGGAGACCUUGGUCUUCUCCUCCCACGCCGUGGUGUCCCUGCGGGAUGACCGGCUCUGCCUGAUGUUCCGCGUGGGCGACCUGCGGGACUCGCACAUCGUGGAGGCCUCGAUCCGUGCCAAGCUCAUCAAGUCCAAGCAGACCCAGGAGGGCGAGUUCAUCCCCCUGGACCAGACCGACCUGAGCGUGGGCUUCGAGACGGGUGACGACCGCCUCUUCCUGGUCUCCCCCCUCAUCAUCAGCCAUGAGAUCGACGAGCGCAGCCCCUUCUGGGACGUCUCACGGCACCAGCUGGAGAAGGAUGAUUUCGAGAUCGUCGUCAUCCUCGAGGGGAUGGUGGAGGCCACAGGGAUGACGUGCCAGGCCCGGAGCUCAUACCUGGCGGACGAGGUGCUGUGGGGCCACCGCUUCGCGCCCCUGCUCAGCCUGGAGGAGGGGUUCUACCAGGUGGACUACGGGGGCUUCCACCAGACCCUGCCCGUGCCCACCCCGGCCACCAGCGCCCGCCAGUUGGCCACCGCCGCCGCCCGCCGCCAGGUCGGGCGCGAGUACUCGCCCGCGGCCACCACCUCAGAGAACGGGGGGGGCAAGAGGAAGCAGAAGGAGAAGGAGCUGGAUGAGCUGAAGAAGGAGGUCAACUUGGACGACCACAAACUGUCCCUGGAUGAGCUGGGCAGGAAGUACCAGGUGGACCUGUCCCGGGGUGUUCCCUGCAUGGGACCCCCAUCCCCUCCCACCCGCACUGCCCGUGGCAUUGUCAUCUCCACGGGGGACCGGACGGUGAUGGGGCGCAUCGCCUCGCUGGCCUCGGGGCUGGAGGUGGGACGCACGCCCAUCGCCAUGGAGAUCGAGCACUUCAUCCGCCUCAUCACCGGCGUCGCCGUCUUCCUGGGCAUCUCCUUCUUCAUCCUCUCCCUCAUCCUGGGCUACACCUGGCUGGAGGCCGUCAUCUUCCUCAUCGGCAUCAUCGUGGCCAACGUCCCCGAGGGGCUGCUGGCCACCGUCACCGUGUGCCUGACGCUGACGGCCAAGCGCAUGGCGCGCAAGAACUGCCUGGUGAAGAACCUGGAGGCCGUGGAGACCCUGGGCUCCACCUCCACCAUCUGCUCUGACAAGACUGGGACCCUCACCCAGAACCGCAUGACCGUGGCCCACAUGUGGUUUGACAAUCAGAUCCAUGAGGCUGACACCACUGAGGACCAGUCGGGUGCCACCUUUGACAAACGCUCGCCCACCUGGGCGGCCCUGGCGCGCAUCGCCGGGCUCUGCAACCGCGCCGUCUUCAAGCCGGGCCAGGAGAACAUCUCCAUCUCCAAGUGCCCACCAGGUUUCUGCCACCUCUACCUGCCCCCGGACAAGUUCCCCCGUGGGUUCCGCUUUGAUGCCGACGAGGUCAACUUCCCCACCAGCAACCUCUGCUUCGUGGGGCUCAUGUCCAUGAUCGACCCCCCCCGCGCUGCCGUUCCCGACGCCGUCGGCAAGUGCCGCAGCGCCGGCAUCAAGGUGAUCAUGGUGACUGGGGACCACCCCAUCACGGCCAAGGCCAUCGCCAAGGGUGUUGGGAUCAUCUCGGAGGGGAACGAGACGGUGGAGGACAUCGCUGCCCGGCUCAACAUCCCCGUCAGCCAGGUCAACCCCCGGGAGGCCAAGGCCUGCGUGGUCCACGGCUCUGACCUGAAGGACAUGACCUCGGAGCAGCUGGAUGAGAUCCUCAAGAACCACACGGAGAUCGUCUUCGCCCGCACGUCCCCCCAGCAGAAGCUCAUCAUCGUGGAGGGAUGCCAGCGCCAGGGCGCCAUCGUGGCAGUGACAGGGGACGGGGUGAACGACUCCCCAGCCCUGAAGAAGGCGGACAUCGGCAUCGCCAUGGGCAUCGCCGGCUCCGACGUCUCCAAGCAGGCGGCCGACAUGAUCCUGCUGGAUGACAACUUUGCCUCCAUCGUCACCGGCGUGGAGGAAGGCCGCCUGAUCUUUGACAACCUGAAGAAAUCAAUCGCCUACACCCUGACCAGCAACAUCCCUGAGAUCACCCCUUUCCUCCUCUUCAUCAUCGCCAACAUCCCCCUGCCCCUGGGGACCGUCACCAUCCUCUGCAUCGACCUGGGCACUGACAUGGUCCCUGCCAUCUCACUCGCCUACGAGGCAGCCGAGAGCGACAUCAUGAAGCGCCAGCCCCGGAACCCCCGGACCGACAAGCUGGUGAAUGAGCGGCUGAUCAGCAUGGCCUACGGGCAGAUCGGGAUGAUCCAGGCCCUUGGUGGUUUCUUCACCUACUUCGUGAUCCUGGCGGAGAACGGGUUCCUGCCCGGGACGCUGGUCGGGAUCCGCCUGGCCUGGGACGACCGGUCCACUAACGACCUGGAGGACUCCUACGGCCAGGAGUGGACCUACGAGCAGCGCAAGGUGGUGGAGUUCACGUGCCACACGGCGUUCUUCGCCAGCAUCGUGGUGGUGCAGUGGGCCGACCUCAUCAUCGUGCUGGAGGACAAGGGGGUGGGCUUCGGCCUCAUUGACUCCCAGGAGGACGCAGCUGUCGCCAAAAAGCUGGGUAAGCACCUCCCUGUGCUGGAGGACCCGGUGGAGUUCAUUGAAGGCGACCACGAGCUCCGGGCCUUUGAGAACAUUGAGGAUGAUCCCAAACUCAUUGGAUACUUCAAGAAUGAGGACUCAGAGUGUAUGUGGGGCUGGGGGCAGCGCCCCCAGGUGUGA